GGGAUCUCCACUGAUCAAGGAGAACCCAUAACAGACAAGUUUCAAUUUUUAGUCAAAAGCUCAGAUUUUUGGAUUUUAGAGAGAGAAGAGAUGAGUUUUCUCGCGGGAAGAUUGGCCGGGAAAGAAGGAGCUUAUUUUUUCCAGGAAUCCAAACAGGCAGUGAGUCGUAUGGUGGCUAACAAGAAACCGUCGUCGUCGUCAUCAUCACCGCCACCUACUCAAUCUUCUUCUGCUCCGGUGACUGAGCGUGAAGACCUAGCCGACGUGCUUCCCGAGGUGUUGCGCCACUCUCUGCCCUCCAAGCUCUUUCACCAGGAGACAUCUAAUUCAACGCCGUCCAUUUACUCUGCCUCCAAAUGGGAUAUUCCCUCUGACCCUAACGCUCGCUUUUCCAUCAAUGCUGAAGCUUUGAACCCACUCAGGGCUUACCUUUCCCUGCCUCAGGUCACCUUUGGCCCCAAAAGGUGGGAACUGCCCGAGUCAAAAUUUGGGGCCUCGGCCUCAACUGCUAAUGAUUUGCGUCGAGACAAGCAUAUCCCUCUUAAUCCUGAAAAGGUGAAAGCUGCAGCUGAAGGGCUUCAAAAAAUUGGAAAGGCUUUUGCUGUUGCUACCACUGCAGUGUUUGGUGGUGCCACUUUGAUGUUUGGAAUGGCAGUGUCCAAACUAGAGUUGCAAAAUAGGGAAGAUAUCCGAACAAAAGGAAGAGACCUUGUUGACCCAGGUCUUGAGAUUCUUAGGAAGCAACUACUUCCCUUAAAAGACUGGGCUGCUAAAAUGUCAAAGAAAUGGCAUUUGGAAAGGACAGAAGAUGUAAAGGAGAAGCCUCUUAUAAAGGCACUUACUAAAAUUUUGAACGCAAAGCCAACGAAUUGAUUUCAGUGUACACUAGUAACUAUUUUCUGUGUUUGUGUUAUAGGUGUAAAUAGUUUUGAGUGCUUGUAUUGAUGACUAUGGGUCCAAAAAAAGUAGAGCAUUAUUCUGUCUGUUGCCUGCACAUGUUUUGAUGUACUAAUAAGUAAGAAGUAAUACUUGGCUGUUGAUUUGCUACUUCAA